CGGGACCUAUAUGAUACGAGUUGUUCCAAACCAGAGGCUGCCAGUUCCAUGUGCGCCACAACCGUCAAGCGAAGACGAUAUAUCGCAAUAUCUGUGCAGAAGCAAUCCACCGGGUGAAAAGGCAGACGCUUUACCAGCGCGUCUGGCCCCCUUGGGGUGCGACAUUGGUGAUCGCAUCGCCAGCCAUGGCUACAAGGAGGCUGCACGGCUGUGUAUGAUCUAGGUUGAAACAGGCUGUCAAUGAUGCUCGUCGUAGGCACUAAUUUGAGACUCGGCGGUUGGAUGUUGAUCGAGCGGUGCUUGACUUUGAUGAGUUCAUCAAAGUUCC